AUGUCUGUGCUGAUAGCUCUCACACAUGUUCAAGACGCAUAUAGUCCACUAGACGCGCACAAGUUUAUACAGAGAUUAGACGGAGACAUUGGUGGUGACCGAGACAGGGGUUCUGGUUUUCCGUUCUGCACCUUCGGCUAUAGUCGAGAAAAUAUUGCUCCUCCUCCCUCACCCCCUCCCUUAACCCCCAUGCCCAUCACUCCCCCCUCCCUCACUCUGCACCACACCCUCUCCCACAUCCCCUCCCUCCCUCCCCUCUCAUUCUCCACCAGUCCCACCUCCCUCCAUCACUUCCCCCUCACUUCAUCACUCUACAUCUACACCCCUCCCUCCACCCUCUCCCUUUAA